UAAUUAAUUUUGUAUUCGAUAAUACCGAUUGGGAUACCGAAAUAUUUAGGGAUUGGGAUUGGAAUACCGAAAUUAUUUAGGGAUUGGGAUUGACUUUAGGGGCUAAUUCGGUAUUCAUGAUUUCGGUAUUUAGUAUUAGAAUACCGAUACCGUACCGAUUUCCACCCCUAAUCAUAAACAUACCCAACGUUUGUACAAUCACGCCUCUACUUCCUAGCCUAGGAGAGUGAAAAUUUUGCACCUCCCUGCAUUUAUCAUUGGAUGCCCUUAAUACUCCCUCAAAGUGUCCAAACCCCAAACAUAAAACCCCCCUCAUUUCUUCCUCAAUCUCCUCCCCUCCUCUCUCAACCCCAUUCCAGAGGAACAAAACACAGCCCUCCACAUCAAAUGUACAAUGCAGCAACAGAAUCCCAUAAUCUAUUAUCAACAACAACAAAUACAACCUCGCUCUUUUCAUACAUCAUCAGACAAUGCCUCCCCUCUCCUAACAAUCGCCGUCCUAUGCAUCAUCGGAGCCGCAACUGCAUUGCUUCUCGCAUACUACGUCUUGGUCAACAAAUGCCGCUGUUCCUCGCUUCCCUUCAAUCUCCCAACAUCGACCUGGUUUCUCCCUUCCUCCAGAGCAACAGCCGCCACCGGACAACCCGCUGUUGACGACUCCUUCAUCGCCCUGUCCCCCGACAAUUGGCCUCGCGGCGGCGGCGGCCUCGACAAACUUACCAUUCAAGCUCUCCCAACUCGCGAGUACAGAACAGGAGGAGUACUAGAAUGCAGCGGCGGCGGUAUCUACGGCUGCGUGGUGUGCCUGAACGAGUUCAAGGAAGAGAACAUCCUCAGAGUCCUCCCCAAUUGUGCCCACGCCUUCCACUUGCCCUGCAUCGACCUUUGGCUGCAGAGCAAUGCCAUUUGCCCGCUCUGCCAGAAAAGCAUUACCUCGACCCAACUCGCUUCGGGGCAUAAUCCUCGUCAUCUCCAAGUGGUUGCUCCGAGCUCCUCCCCUCGAGGCUCGCAGCAACAAGCCGAGAGCGUCUUAGGAAGCGACGAGGAUUUUGUGGUGAUUGAGUUGGGUGGAGAUGUGGAAGGCCGUGCCGUCGUUUCAGAAGCUCCUCCUCCUCCUCCUCAUGCUCCUCGUCGUCGGUUCGGGAGCCAGUCUCCUAAGGUGAUUGGGAAGCGGAAGCAGAGCAAGUGCGGCGGCCGGCACUUGUCCGUGAUGGGAGAUGAAGGGAUCGAUUAUGUGAGGAUGGGGAAAGAGGGUGAAGUUGAUCAGUUUGCAGUUCAGCCAAUCAGAAGGUCGUUCUCGUGGGAUUCAGCGGCGGAUCGGCAGCUUCUAUCUAGCGUUCGAGCGUUGUUGAUUCGACGGAGUAGUAGUGGUGGUGGUAGUAAUAGCAGAGCUCGAAACGAAGGACGUUGUUUUUUUCCGUUUGGUUAAAGUCCCAGGGUCCUGCUGAAACAACUCAGUGAUUGCAUUGCCAGUUGGGUUUGUUUUCUUGUUAGUUUGAUGUCGCAUUUUCCUCAUCUGGGAUGGGUUGAGAUAGAAUCAUUGCGGGAAACAUUUAUGUCUUUUUUUGGCCCUAGCAAAACAGAGUGGAUUGAUCCUUCAUGAAUGAGAAAGAUUUUUCCUUUCAACUUUCUUCACACAAAAGGUCGACGGGGAUCGAUAAAGAAAGAUAUGACAAAGGAAUUAUGGAGCAGUGUGUGGCGUGCAGUGAUCUCCAGUUCCCUAUCCAUUACCACCUUCUUUUGUCUACAAGUAAAAUGAUUGUAAUGAUCGAUGCCCAUUCGUAAAUCCUACAUAAAAGAGCACUAGCUCCAACUCUAACGCAUGCAGGGUAGAGAUGAAUUCGACCACGGGCAUGGAGAAACGCUUAGGAGACUGGAAUGGAUGAGUUCUCCUUCUCCACAAUGUCGGGACUUGGAGAGAACAAAGAACUUGCUGUUCCUUGGUCAACCGCCGAUGAAAAGUGUGGAUCAGAAAAAUGUGUAAUACAAAGAUAUUGAGCACACGGCCCGGUUGGAAGUCGAGAGGAAGCAAGCUUAAUCAUAGUGUCUCUCUCAUGUGUAUUAGGGAGAAAUCAUUCUCCGUCUAGUAGUAUCUCCUUAUUCACUUUGUACUGGUACUCUGUACCUUGUAUAAAUAACCCUUUACAUAAUGCAAUACACACAAGUUAGAAUUCCUUACAUUGUAUCAGAGCAAGGAUCCAAACCCUAACCUUUUCCCCCUGUACCGUCUUGCUGCUUGUUGUCCUCAUGGCGCCCGACACCACCGACUCGUCCUCCACUGUUGUCACCAGUGCGUCACCUGCUCCGCCAUCUUUCAAGGUGGGCAAUACCGAGUCAUGAACUUGUUGAGCAUGUCACCCACGAGGUGAUCGAGAGGGUCGGUCUAUUGUUGAGCCACCGAGACGCAUUCCCCGCAAGAGAGUAAGGGAAUAUCCUCAACUUCAAAGCAUCCUCAGGAACACCAUUGAUUUUCAAACUUUCCGCAAGCUCGAUGAACUUCUGAACAUGCUCCCUUGGAGACUCAUUGCUAAGCCCAUGAAAUAGUGCAUUGUUUUGGAUCAUGGUGACGAGGGCAGGCUUAAUUUCGAAAUUAUUGCCGGUCACGGGCGGAUCGAAUGGCGGGUUGAAUAUCUGCCGCUCGUGGGACCAUAUAGUAGCCCAUGGUCCUCGGUUGCUCUUUUACGGCCGCUCCAGCUAGAGCAUGUUGAUUAGCCGCCAAAUCAGCUUCACUUCCUUCCUCUUCGGAAUCAAACUCUUCCUCAAAUAAAACUUCCUCUUCGGGACCAACUUGUGGUUGUGCCAUCUCUUCUAUCCUUCUUCUUGCCUCCGCUAGCCCCCUCUCACGAGCCAAAUCGGAGAGUGCGGUUGAGAUUCUCGUCCAGUGCCGCCAAAGGUGUCGGAUUACUCCAGGUCAUACACCUCCCUGCACACACUCAAAAGAACCAGAUAUCGUCUAACACAAGCAAGAUUCACUAACACGAAAGCAAAAACGUAAAAUCUAGAUUAACACCAAACAAUCUUUUCAAAAAAAUGGAUCGUUUAUUCCCCGGAAACUUGACUUGUACCGAAUAUCACAAUAAACUCCCAAUUAAGGCCAAGUAUAAACCUUAAUUGGGUGCAAUAUAGCGCAAGUAUGUUU